ACUCCUACCAUGACUGCUAAAACCCAUUUACGGGCCUAGUCGGCUUCCUGCUUGCUGCAGGGCAGGCCGAACACACCACCACCCCAGACUCAACACGGGAAAAAUCCAGACGCCUGAGGCUCUGGCAGGAUCUGGGUGAUUUUGCUACGGUAAAUGUGCAGAGCGCCGGCCAAUCCGGUGUCCGAGAACCCGGGCGCGGCAUUUCAGAGCCAGGCGCUCACCCCCACGGCCUCCGAAACCGCGCUGCGCUCGCGCGUCCUUCCCGGGCCGCGGGGGGUGGGGACACCUACUUCCCCGCGUGCCCAGCUCUGCCGGCGGCGACUCAGGUGACUCCGGCCGCGCUAGGCAAGCCCGGCCAGCGGGGCGCGCGUGGGGACGCGGAGGGCGCGCGCGUAGAGCGGAAGAGACUCUCCACGUCACACUGGGAACCAGUGGCGUCAGCAAUGCUGCCCCGAUGGGAACUGGCUCUUUGCUUGCUCGCGUCCCUGGGCUUCCACUUCUACUCCUUCUACGAAGUUUACAAAGUCUCCAGGGAGCAUGAAGAAGAGCUGGGCCAAGAGUUUGAGCUGGAGAGGGACGCCCUGUUUGGAGGAAUGAAGAAGGACCUGACUGACUUCGAGUGGAACUUCUGGCUAGGAUGGGGGAGGCGGAGGCUGGCGUGGCUCUUCCUUGGCCAUGCAGCUGUGUCUCAGCUGGCCGGAUUGCUCGCAAAGAAGCACAGGCCCUGGAUCCUCAUGGUCUAUGGAGUGUGGGCCUGCUGGUGUGUCCUGGGGGCUCCGGGCGUGGUCACCGUCUUUCUCCACACCACCAUCGCCUUCUGCGUGGCCCAGUUCCGGUCAGUGCUCCUGUCCUGGCUGUGUUCUCUCCUCCUGCUCUCCACCCUGAGGCUGCAGAGUGUGGAGGAAGUUAAGAGGAGGUGGUACGAGACAGAAAACGAAUACUACCUGCUGCAGUUCACCCUGACUGUUCGCUGCCUGUACUACACCAGCUUCUGCCUGGAGCUGUGCCGGCGGUCUCCACCUGCCCAGCGCACCGCCUACGCCUUCCCGUGGUUGCUGGCCUACGUCUUCUAUUAUCCUGUCUUCCACAAUGGGCCCAUCAUCACCUUCCCAGAGUUCUUCAAACAGAUGCAGCAGCCAGAGCUCAGCUCUCCGAAGCACAGCCUUGGCAUUCUAGCCAAGGGCCUGGGCCGCCUGCUGUGCUGGUGGUGGCUGGCAGAACUGAUGGUCUGCCUCAUGUACAUGCACGCCCUCUACAACAGCAUCCCCCUCCUGGAGAGCGUUUCCUGCUGGACUUUAGGAGGACUGGCCCUGGCGCAAGUACUCUUCUUCUAUGUGAAAUACCUGGUGCUCUUCGGUGCUCCGGCUCUGCUUAUGCGUCUGGACGGACUCACACCGCCGCCCCUCCCCCGCUGUGUGAGCACCAUGUUCAGCUUUACCGGGAUGUGGAGGUAUUUUGAUGUUGGACUGCACAAUUUCUUAAUCAGGUACGUGUACAUUCCACUGGGUGGGUCCCAGCGUGGCCUGCUGGGGACACUGCUCUCUACUGCGAUGACAUUUGCAUUUGUGAGCUACUGGCACGGCAGCUAUGAGGACCUCUGGUGCUGGGCAGCGCUCAACUGGCUGGGAGUCACCGUGGAAAGUGGAGUCCAGAGGCUGCUGGAGAGGCCCUGUGUCCGGGAGAGCUUGACCCGGUACCUCUCUCCGCAAGCUCGCCGUCGGAUGCACGCUCUGCUGGCCUCUUGCUCGACCUCCAUGCUGAUCCUGUUCAACCUGGUGUUCCUCGGGGGGAUUCAAGUUGGAAAGACAUACUGGUACAGGCUCUUCCUACAAGGCUGGCCGUGGGUGACCCUAUCUGUCCUGGGAUUCCUGUACUGCUAUUCGAUUGUGGGUAUCGCCUGGGCUCAGACAUACACAAUUCUCUAAUUCUGCUGGUCCAGGUCAACCUUGGUGUCAGUCUUCAAGGGACAUUUUACCCUGGACUUCUCGACCAUCCCUGAAGGACCACUCCAGGACCAUCCCUGAGGGACCACCUUCCUCUGAGACCAUCCCUGAGGGACCAACUUCCACUCAUCUUCUGAUGAAGAUGCUUCAUUCAGACUCUGACAGCUUAAUCUAUCACAGAAAAUGUACAGCCCAAAAAUCUUCUAAUUUUGGAGCCUCAAAGAUUACCUACUACCCCCAUAGGCUUCCUGGGGCAUAAUCUAGAGUCUGGAGCAGUCUUGGGUCUUUCCCAACUACACUUGGUGACAUUUGCUCUAGACCCUACCGUAGAUCCAUUGGGUUCUUUACCAAAGAUUCAAUGUGGUGGACACUUAUUGUUUGGGAAUGGAAGUCCUAAUCAGGGAUGCGGGUCUGCCUCUCCGAGGCAUUCUGUGAUGUCUUGGCAACCCCUUUUCAUGUUCUGCACCGGGGACUCUGGGCUGGCCUGCACAUGGAUGGUUCUUAGCAAGGAGGUGGCAAAGCCACAGUCAUGUCUCAGGUGGCCUGGCUGGAGUGGGAGAUGCAUAGGUGGGGUAUUGCAAGAAGUCCUGGAGUUUGAAUUUUACUGGGGCACCCACAUGCAGCUGCUGUUCUCUAAGACCUGUAGCCAUGGAGUAACACGGCUGUUCCUUUCACAGCUGUCCUGCAUGGCAUGGGAGUCUAAAAGCUAGAGAAUGUGUGUGUCCACAGACAGAUGCUUUUGGGAAAGUCCUCAGCGAAGGGUGGUGUCCCAAGGUCCCACACGCUGUGUGUUUUGCUUAGUGGGUUUUAUUGCCUUAUUCUCAUUCAGAUAAAGCAGAGCUCUUUUGCUACAUAGAUAAUUCACAUUUUUUUCUGGACUUACUUUGGAUAUUUUUAAAUAAAAUUUUUUGAGAUAUAAAUACAUAUAACUUGACCCUUCAUCCCUCCAGACAGAUGUUGGGCAGGCUGCCUCUGACAAGUGGCCAGUGACAGUGAUUCUGCCUGGUUUCACCGGGGAGAAGUCAAGGGAAGAGGUCUGUGUGUGGAGUUUGGGACAAAUGCUUAAUACCCCAACUAUAAGAAUUGUUAUUGCGUGACAAUUAGGUGAAAGAACCAAGGGGCUUAGCGCCAUUUCAUUUUCUACAGGAUAUUAUCCUGAGUCAUCCCUGGGAAUAUCAACUCAGUGUAACAUGAACCCUUACAUGGCACACCAGUCACCAGGUAGAUCCUCAUCAUGCUUGGAAGGGAUGGGAGGGGGCAGAUGUUGAUGGCCUGGGGUGAGAAUGCUGUGCCCAUUUGGACAAAGCACAAACCAGAAAGGGGCAGGUAAGCUGGGCAUUAUUAACCUCAGCUAAGUGGUGAGACCCUUGGCAGGCAACUGUGGGGUACUGGGAAGUUCUAAGGAUUGGGGAGAGUAAGCAUUGAAAUAAGUGUUGUGCAGUCUCACGGACCAACAGAGUAAGGACCUGUGAUUAGCCGGAGCAAGUCUGGAUGAGGCCUUCAAAUAGGGAUAGAGCUUGCUAAGAAAAACCUAGUGGAUACUAACUGUUAGUUCUUUGUGUGGAGUAUCCAGGACUCACGCUGUCCUGCCCUUCCCUGCUCCCCACUGUGACAUGACAGGAUCACCUUCUUCUAGUCUCCACUCACUGUAAACAGACUCUUGAGGCUGGCUUCUGGGCAGCCAUCAGUCAUCUGGCCCUGGCAACUUCAGCAACGGUUCUGGAAAAACACUGGAUAAGGUCCUGAGUCACUGACAGCCAAGGACCCUCUACCCUGACAGCUCCAUGAGCAAGGCCAAGAGUUCUAGUCAACUCCCAAGACCAUACCCAAGGAGGGAGGCAAGAUGCUCAAAGCCAAACUAAGUCCUGUCAUCAUCAUGAUCAAUUCUUGGAGCCAUACAAAUGCUGAAUGACAUUAUGCUUUCAGGUUUUAUGAGAUGAUCUUUGUUCUAUUGAAGAUGACGGUCUAGAGAGAAAAUUACCUAUACCUGCAGGUUCUUGCUGUUAGCCAGUGUUUGCGGAGGUGGGGAAGGGAGGGACUACCCUUCCAGGAACUGAGACUGUUUACUUCUCUAAAAUACAACUACUGUCUACGUGCUA